CAAAUACACAAUUAAACUUGAAAACAAACUAAAAAGAAAGGAAAAAAAAAUAUGAAGGCAAUUGUGAUUACUUUCUUAAUGUUCCUAGCUGUGGCAGUGCAACUUGGAGAAGCAAUCAAUUGUGGCCAAGUUGAUGCAACAUUGGCUCCUUGUAUCUCUUACCUGACACAAGGUGGAGAUCCAUCAGGGCCAUGCUGUAAUGGUGUGAAAAGCCUUGUACAAAUGACUCCAACCCAACAAGACAGGCAAGAUGCUUGUGAAUGUGUGAAGGCUGCUGCUGCACGUUACACUAAUCUUAAGCCAGAUGCUGCAUCUAAUCUCCCUUCACGCUGUGGUGUUACUACCAAUAUACCCAUCUCUGCUACUACUAACUGUAAAAGCGUUCCUUAGGGAUCAUGCAUGGAUAUUGUGGUACAAGAAAUAGUAUGAGAGGAAGCUUUUAUGAAUGCAAUAUUUACUCAAGUGUAAUAAUGAGUGCAAAAUAAAUAGUUGCUGUACUUCAGAAUUUACUCUCCUACUUGUGUAUGUACUAAUAUUAUGAAAGUAAAUGUCUAUGCUCUUUGUUAAGUA